UAUAUACACACACACGAGGGGUCAUCGGCGAGCUCUGGAGGCUAGGGUUUUGGCAAGGCGGCUUCUCAUCUUCAGCAUCCUCCAUUCUCCCGUCGAAACCCUAGUUGCAGUCGAAGGACUUCCUUUCAGCAGCCAUGGGUAAGACGCGUGGUAUGGGAGCUGGUCGCAAAUUGAAGUCCCACCGUAGAAGGCAAAGGUGGGCCGACAAGGCAUAUAAGAAAUCCCAUCUUGGCAAUGAGUGGAAGAAGCCAUUUGCUGGGUCUUCCCAUGCCAAAGGCAUUGUCCUUGAGAAGAUAGGUAUUGAGGCUAAGCAGCCAAACUCUGCCAUCCGGAAAUGUGCUAGGGUUCAACUAAUUAAGAACGGGAAGAAGAUCGCCGCGUUUGUCCCAAAUGAUGGUUGCUUAAACUAUAUAGAAGAGAAUGAUGAAGUGUUGAUUGCCGGAUUUGGUCGUAAGGGACAUGCAGUUGGAGAUAUUCCUGGUGUUAGAUUUAAGGUGGUUAAGGUGUCAGGUGUGUCUCUUCUGGCUCUCUUCAAGGAGAAAAAAGAGAAACCAAGGUCUUAGUUUUUUGGGAGGAGAAUUCUGCUUCUUAAUUAUCUUUUUGAUAGUUUUCUUUGAAUGGCAUGGUAAUCUUGACUGUUUGAACAGAACUUUUGAACAAUCUAUUGCCGGCUUUCCAGUUAAUUGUAUUGCUACCCAAACCUAUUUUUCAAUAUCAAGCCAUGUUGUAGGUC